AUGGUCAGAGACAUAGAGUACAUACAAUCUUACGGAUCUUUACAGUUCAUCCUGGUCAUGUCACGGUGCAUCACCCUAGCCCUAUUGACGGCCUCGGCAACGUCGCAGAAUGUUUCCCUACCGUGCCGAAAAGACAACAUAACCACGGAGCUUAUUCCGAGCCGCAAAUGCAACCACACAGUGACCCCGGACGGCCACGUGACCUUCCUGUGCAAGGUACUCCUGCAGACGUCGCCUCCGAAGUGGUUUAUCCCGGCGGAACCCCAGAUCCUGACCAUGGACGAGCUUUUCGUCACCGACGAGCCAUUGAUCGGCACGCGAUCGGGCGACGAACUGGCUUGCAUCUCGCUGCACCGAGUCCGCUUUAUCAAGUGGCGUGAUUUUCCGCCUUCCAUGUACAAGUUCUACGACGAACACGGUCCUUUCGAAAUACACGAGUUUCUCAUGUACCUCAGGUCCCUGGAGACCGAAAUAGUAUUCCAGCAACCCGUCCAGAUGGGGGCCGUCAACUGCACCAGCGUCGGAGAGGAAGGCCAGUGCAAUUGCGAAGUGUUCGGGUUCAACGACAUGGUCUAUUAUAACAAGAUCCUGAACGACCUGGAGCUCAACGAAAACUACGGACUGACCGUGAUCGUCGAGAUAAUGAGAACGUGGAAGCUGUCCUACACCCAUGUCGAGCAACUCAACGUAACAUUCAUCGAAACAGUAGAAUCGAUUCCUUCGGUCUUACUGGAAGCCAUUAGCUUCGCCAAGAUUAGGCGCAUCGUAUUCCAUCAGUGCAACUUCAAGUCUAUUGGGUUCAAUGAACUGCCUCACAUGCGCUACCUUAAGGAGCUCGAUUUUUACGAGGUACCCAUUGGCACUAUAGACCCGUUUGCGUUUGACAUGCUCCCGGAUCUGGUCAGAGUUUCGUUCGUGAGGUCCAGGUUACGCCAAAUUCCGCCCGCGAUUUAUGAGUUUAAACAUAUCAAAACAUUAGUAUUGCUGAAGACCGUCUCCUCUUCCAAGCGCCCGUUCAAACUUUUCCAACAAUCGUGCAAACAACAAAGUUCGCUGGAGCACUUGGACCUUGGACUUACGGUGCUCGGUUCGCUUCCCAAUCGAGCAUUUUGUGAUUUCCCAAAUCUCCAGACCCUCGACUUGAGUGGUUGCAAAUUGGUUCAUCUCAAUGAAACCCCUUUUGUGGGUCUCAGGCAUCUGAAGGUGUUAAAUUUGCAAUUCAAUCGCAUCACGUCGCUUUCCGACCAUGUUUUUGGCGGCUUGGAAAAUUUAAGGACUCUAAACCUUAGCAUAAACAGGAUCAACAUCUUCCCGGGUAAUCGCCCGUUUCUACCCUUGACCGGCCUCGAAGCCCUUGGUUUGAACCAAAACAACGUUAGAAAUAUACUGCCCGAAACAUUCCGAAAUCUGACAGUUCGGUCAUUGACGCUAUCAAAAAACCACAUUUCAAACUGGACGCGUCCCGUUUUCUCCACCAUGAGUAAUUUAAGGCAUUUGGAGUUGGACAGAAACAUUAUGUUCAAGCUCGACGACGUGAUGUUUAACGAUUUGUCGGGAAUCCAAGAAGUCAGCGUUUGCAAGAAUCCAUGGGACUGCAGCAGCUGCUACCUGAAACAUCUGCAAGACUUCCUUGCUCAAAGCCGAAGGCACUGCUGUAACGACUGCGCGGUAUGCGAACAUCCUGAAGCACUAGCAAACGUCUCCGUGUCGCUUGCACCCUGGAACGCCGACCAGUGCAAACCGCCCGACUACUAUGUCCUCGUCGGUCUGCCGCUCGUCCUCUGUGCGCUUGUCCUCUCGGUAGUGUCGCACGCCGUUUACGCGAACCGAUGGUACGUUAGGUACCUCCUGCUCUACCUCACGGUGAAAAUGCGGGGCUACAAAAGGAUCCGGCACGACGCCCACUACCUGUGGGAUGCGUUCCUCUCUUACCAUUCGUCCGAGGCAGAGUGGGUGAGGAACGUCCUGCUGCCAGGGCUGGAAACAUCCUCCACGGGGUUGUCUAUCUGCGUUGCCGAACGGGACUUCAUCGCCGGUGUGCCCAUCACCGAGAACAUCUGCAACAGCAUCGCCCACAGCCGCAAGUCGGUGUUCCUCUUGAGUCGCGAGUUCUGCCAGAGCCGCUGGUGCAUGUUCGAGGUGAGCCUGGCGCAGCACCGCCUGUUUGAGGCCGAACGGGAGAACCACAUCGUGUUUCUCAAGAAGGGGCAAAUUCCAGAGGAUGAAAUGAGUCCGGUCUUAAACUUCCUGGUCAAAUCCCGGACUUAUAUUGCAGUCCCCGACGAAGGCGCAAACCAGAAAAUUCGAGACAUGUUUUGGCUUCAGCUACAAGCUGCGCUUCAGCAUUAGCCAAGUGAGGGUGGCUGGAAAGCGUCUCUGGCUGUUUAUCUUGCACCGCCCAUGCAUUCGAGCACCUCUAAAGUGGCAAAGAAAUGCGCUCGCAGAAGCCGGCCGGGAAUGCUCAGGUUUGCCGAGAUCCGGGUGGGGGCUCGUUGAGAGGACUGCCAAGAUGGUGAGCCGUCGGUGGGCGUUCAUGGCGUCCCGACAGAUGGCUA